AUGGGGUCGAUCCCCGAUCCAGGCGAGUUAGCCGAGUUGACUUGCCUCAGCUUCGAUGACUUCCAGCGUCAGACCUCAGUUAUGACAAGCUGUACUCUUCUUUGCAAGGAGCUUUUUGACCGCAUCACCUCUCUCGAGCAGAACCUCCAGAAGAAAUCGGAAGCUCUCAAGCACAAUCUCCAGAUCCUAGGCCAUGAUAUCAAGGCCAAGCUCGCGUCUCUCAAGAAGCGUGAGGUUACUAUUGACGGAAGCAUGGAGAUCGCGCUCGAGCGCGUGGAUGAACAUAGAGAAGCCGCUCUCAAGUCCCUCGAGAACUCCGAUCAUCCUGAUGGCGAGGUGGAUGACGGUGAUGGGCUGUUACAGCUGUUGAGAUCCUUUUGCUUGAAAAUGCACUCAAGGGAGUUCUGGAAGUUCGCAAUUACCAAGAAAAAGGAGCUUGAUGUUUUGAGGAGCCAAAUUCCGUUGGCUUUAGCGGAAUGUGUGGGUCCUGCUAGAUUCGCCUGGAAGCGAUUUCAGAGGUUUUUUCCCGUGGAUAAGAGAGGAGCUCGGACUACAGCAGGUCGGCCAAAUACCAAAAUUAUCAAUUUUUUGAGAUUGAGUUUGAUGGGAUUGGAAUAA